AUGCUGCGUCUGUCGGCUACAGUCCUCUUGGCCAUUGUCGUCGGGGCCGUUAAUAGCGAAAUAAUCGUACAUCCCGAGCACUACGAACGAACAAGCCAGUUUAUUAGAUACGGACAGAACUCAACAUGCUUCACACUGACCCCAUCCAAUCCAGUCGCGACGUUCGACUACACGACUGAAAUCGGCGGGUUUCCAUUCUUCCACGGAACCCCCGUCUCAGGGGCAGUCCAGGUCGAAGCGAAAUACUCCGAAGCAAAGGGUGGACUAGAUGAACCAUUUUCGGACGGUCCGUGGACAUUUUCAAAUGGGUUGUCUAAUACAUUUCGCGUCGAGACAUUCAACGUCACCGAGGCAGGUCGAGUCGAGUCGUUCUUCCAACAGGGUGGAUUGCGCUGGCAGAGACUGCGGCUUCUGAAUGAUGAUCGGAAGGUCACGAUCUGUGGCGUCGGGAUACGCUCUUUCAAUGACCGGACGGAUGUGUCUGAGCUGCCUGGAUAUUUUGAAUCCUCCAAUCCGCUCUAUAAUGAGAUCUGGAAGCUGGGUGCGCGAACCGUCCAGCAAGCAUGCAUAGAGAAAGGAACUGCGCCGACAACCUGGGAACUUACCGCAGACGGGGUGCUCCUUCGCGGGCAGCAAUCCGCGCAGUCUGCACUUGGGGCGGAUUUCGCAAACUACACAAUGUCCUUCAAAACGAAGAUAGUCCGUGGCGGGACUGGGUGGAGGGUUGCCACCUCGCCGGCUUCAUUUGGUCCUUCGUUUCUUCUUACCAGCGAGUAUCCUGGGCACUCGACAUUUCUGAAUACGAAUCGGACUCUUGUUCCUCCGAAUACGCUUGCUGUGGGCUAUGGCUGGAACUUGGUGAAUCAGACGUCUUUACCAACUGGAGAGGUGUCAUACUUUCCUCUGGGCUUUAGUGUUACAGAAGGGCAGUGGAUAGAUGUCUCGACCAGGAUUUCUACCGACGGAUAUAUCGUGACAAUUAAUGACCAGAAACCUGUGUCUGUCCUUCUCAGUGAGCUUCAUCUCAUGUCUAACGACCGAUUCUCCUCUGGUAGCGUGUACUCAGGAACAUGGGGCUUUGGACCAUGGCAGGACCAAAUAGCCUACGUCAAGGACGUCGUUGUGCAGUCAAAGAAUGGAACGACCCUAUACCAGAACACAAUGACGGACGAGACCAUUCUUGAAGAGUACGGCGUGAUGGAUAAUCCAGCCUCAGUCUGUCUCGAUGGCGCAAAGCGAGACCGACUCAUCUGGUCGGGGGAUUUCGCGCAUGCCCAUCGCGUCGUGAGUGCCAGUACACACCGACCGGACUUCAUCAGAGGAACGUUAAGCUACCUCUUUGAACGUCAAGAGCUCUCUGGGCCUAUGGCAGGGCUUUUUGCAAUGUCGCCGGCGAUGGGGCAGUCGGCGGAGUAUACCUCCGUGUACAAGUCCUACGGCUUGCUGGACUACCAGAUGCUCUUGCUGAACAGUUUCGCGCGGUACUACCUGGAAUCUGCGGAUAGGGAAUUUCUGACCAGAUGGUGGCCGAAAGCUAGGGAUGGCGUUGAUGCUAUCCUACCACUGGUCGAUCAAUAUUCUGGACUUGCUGCUACUUCGUCGUUAGGUGCUUUCUUUCUCGGGGAUGGGAAUGGCACUGCUGCUUCGGCUCUCUUUGCGUAUACACUUACUCACAUGGCAGAUCUUGCGGAAGUUAUGGGAGAGCCGGAUACAUCAACUCAGUGGAAAAGUACAGCUACGAAUAUCUCCCGCGCAGUGAAUCAGAAGCUGUGGAACGAGGACCUGGGGACAUACAGUUCCAGCCUCACCUCUACCAACGAUUCAUCCUAUAUCGGAACCGCCUGGGCUAUCCUCUCCAAAACAGCAAAUUCCACCCAGGCCACAUCAUCAAUCGCUGCCCUCUCACCCCUCCGUCUCGGAAUCGGGUACAAACUCAGCACCGACAUGGACGAUUCCGAUCCGGAAACAAAUCUGUCUCCAAAUCUAUCCGGAUUCCUCCUCGAGGCGUUAUUCGCCCAUAUCCGGGAUAAUCCAUACGACAACGCCACGACCGAAGCAAUAAACAUCUUGCUAAAUGGACUAUGGGCAGCAAUGGUAGACCAAGACGAGUACUAUACCGGCACAUCCUGGGAAUAUGUCUAUCCCGACGGACGCCCGGGGUUGGAUCUGUUUACCUCGCAUGCGCAUCCGUGGGGCGGCGCGCCGACGUAUAUCUUCUCGGAGUAUAUUCUCGGUGUUCAGCCGACUGCACCUGGGUUUGGAGAGUGGUUGUUUGCGCCGGUGGUUCUGGAUGGUCUCACAUGGGCGAGGGGGAGGGUUCCGACCCCGCGUGGGAGUAUCCAGGCGGAGUGGGAGGUGCAUGAUGGUAUACGUGUUGUUCUGAGAGUGCGAGCUCCGCAAGGUACGAAAGGGGUUGUUGGGUUAUCUCUUCCUGCGACGGGUUGUCGUGUCACAGGGGAUGCACAUCGUGAAUAUUGUAGCGGGAAAGGCGUGCGUGUGGUUGUUGAUGGGGAGUGGGCGUCUAUCGACGUCUCUUUGGCUAAGCCUAUACCUCAAUUGUGA